ACGACACACGACACAUGCUCGGGAGUAGUGCGCGAUCGCGUCUUGUGCUUCUCGAUUUUGGUUUCGGUUUCGAUUUCAGUUUUGUUGUGUGGUGUUUUCAAUUUAAAUAAUUGCAAGCCAUAGCAAACGCAUAACGAAUACACUCGAAAAUGGCUCAUUGUGCAUUGUGUGCCCAAAGAUAUUAAGGAUAUGCGAAUUCUCCAAACAUUGCCAGCAAACAAAAACCCAAUUUUAAUUACUCGAAAAUGCGGCUGAUUUGUUAGCAGAAAACGAAAACGAAAGCGAAAGAAAAAAAUAAAGUAAAUUUAGCUCCCAAACUAAUUGGAGAAAAAUCCUCUAAAUUUUUUUUUGGAUUAGCAGCAGUGCAAAAGGAAUUUUAAUCGAAAAAUUUGAAUUAUGGGCUUAGAAAAACAUUAUUUGAGAUAUGGACGCACGGCUCGAGAUCAUCUACUCGACUGGGCCAGCUGUGGGCGUGGUCGACAACAGCGGCAGCAACAGCAGCAGCAACAACUGCAACAACAACAACAACAGCAACAACAAAAUCAGCUACAAGGGUCAACUGACACGAGGCGGCGUUCACGCCCACAUGUAACACACAGAGGAACGCCGCUGUCCAUGCUAAUAUCGCAUGGCGUUAAGAUUAGCAAUAAUAGACUAGCUGUGAUAAUUAUCGGUAUAGUAACAUUAAUCUUAGGUAUAGUUUUAUCAUCCAUACCAUGGCUGGAUUAUUUUAUACUAAAGAAUUUAAGGCUGUGGAAUGACACAUUAAGCUAUCAUUAUUGGCAAAGGCCCGGCGUUAUACGCCUAACCAAGGUCUAUAUCUACAAUGUAUCCAAUCCGGAUGGCUUCCUCAGUGGCGAGAAGCCCAAGCUGCAGGAGGUGGGUCCAUUUGUCUACAGAGAAGACAUGGAGAAGGUGAAUGUGAAAUUCCAUGAGAACAAUUACACGGUGUCAUAUCAGCAUAAGAAAAUAUUACAAUUUGUUCCUGAACUGAGUAUUGAUAAGAAUACGCCCAUAGUUACGCCCAAUAUACCAUUGCUGACCCUCACUAGUCUGAGUCCCAAGCUGGGCUAUCUGCUGUCUAAAACAAUAUCCAUAGUGCUAACUGCCGCCCAGCUGAAGCCGUUUAUCAAUGUGACUGCGGAUCAGCUGGUCUUUGGGUAUGAUGAUGCGCUGGUUAGUCUGGCGCACAGAUUCUAUCCAAAGCAUAUGAGGCCCAUGGAGAGAAUGGGCUUACUUCUCGGACGCAACGGAACACUCACAGAGGUGUCGAGCAUUAAAACCGGCUACGAGGGCAUGGAGCAGUUUGGCUACAUUGAUUCACUGAAUGGCAUGGAUCGUUUGCCGCACUGGAAUGAGGAGCCCUGCACGAGCAUAGCCGGCUCCGAGGGUUCCUUCUUUCCGCCUCGAGACAUUACCAAGUCGGAUUUGGUGCACAUCUAUGACAAGGAUCUGUGCCGCAUUAUACCACUCAAGUAUGUGGAGCGUGUGGAGAAAGAUGGCCUCGCAGCGGAUCUAUACCGAUUGCCCAACAAUUCCUACGGCGAUUCGGCCCACAAUCCGGAGAAUAAAUGCUACGAUGCCAACGACUAUGAUGCUGUGAGGGGUCUGCAGAAUAUCAGUCCAUGUCAGUAUGGCGCACCCGUUUACAUAUCUAAUCCACAUUUCUAUGAGGCGGAUCCCGAGCUCCUUGAUGCCGUCGAAGGUUUGCAUCCACAGCAAGAGAAACAUGAAACCUACUUCAAAAUUCAACCAAAACUUGGAGUGCCUCUGGAGGGCAAGGUGCGCAUACAGCUUAAUCUGAAGGUGACGCAAGCCAAGGACGUUCAUCCGGUGCGUGAUUUUCGUGACUUUGUAUUUCCGGUCAUGUGGCUCGAGGAGGGCAUUACGGAGCUGACGCCCGCAAUAAAGGGCUGGCUCUAUCUGGCAACGGUUAUAGCGCCACAUGCGGUGCCAAUUGGCUCCUAUCUGAUGAUCGUGGGCGGAGCAUCGGCUGUUAUAUUCAGCUUUGUGCGUGCCUAUCGCAACUUUGUGUUCGCACGCGAUCCCUCGCUGGAGAUACUCGAGAUGGGCAGACGUUCGUUGCGGCGCGGCAGCAGCUUCAUUGCCCAUCAGCAGCACAAGCUGCUGCUCCAUCAUCGGGACAGCUAUGUGCUGCUCCGCACGAUGCCGCAUGCCAUGACUGCCUGCCUGGAUCCGGAGCGGGACAGAGAUGAUGUCCAGCCGAUAAUAGAUUAUACUCUAAUCAACCAGGAAGCAUAGUAAUAAGUGUACGGGCGAGUGUGUGUGCGAGUGUGUGUGUGCGAGUGUGCGAGAGUGUGUGUAUGAUUGUUGUUUAGGCUUAGUCACAUUCUGGCCAAAAUCGUGGCAUAUGCUGUUGCCAAAACAAAAAGUUUUCGUUGUUACAGGGUUUUAAUAUUUUAUUCAUUUCAUUUUCACAACUGCAGCACAAAUUACAUAAAUUCAUUUUCUUGCAACUAAAAGCCAAAUCGGGUUUACUAGUUAUAUAGUACAUAAAUAUAUAUAUAUA